AUGUCCUCAAUUCGCAGAUACAGUUAGGGUGCCAUGACCAGGUAGGCAUAGAGUGGUACUGAGUGGUUUAUAUGAUAAUUUGCUUUUGGCUCACGUGGUACCUAUAUUGCCGCUUAUCUUCGAAGAAGUUUGACUUCAUGGCUACUCUAGUUCCCUGGCUACUUGCCAUCACUUCAGAAGAUACUGAGUAGGUAUAGGUCUUGGUACUGCCCAGGAUGUCUGUUGAGUCCUGGAAGCUAGAUUGUUCCUCGGUUGCAACUGCUGCCACAUUGCAGCUCGGCUGGCCGCAUUGGUUAUUAGGCAUUGCAAGUUGGGCUAUGUUGGCAAUCCACCCUACAUAUCACCCCAUAUAUGGAAGCUUCCAUUGGAAUAGGCAAUCAAGCGCCCACUGUCUGUGCGGUAUCAUUCGCAUGCCGAUAGCAUCAGUGCUCCUGGAUGAUCGGAGAAAUAAGAUGGAGCCUACAAUAACGUAUACUAUGUAUGCCGGGGGUAAUCGAGGGGCGGCAGGGGUUCGCUCGAGUCUGGCAGUGGCUGUGAAUGACAUGUGCUCGAGAGACUGCACUGGGUUCUCUGGACAAAUUCGUGACGAAAAUGAAGAGUACGGGUUAUUGCAGGCUGUGCUACAGCGAGCCUCGCGAUGGAAGCAUAUUCAUUUGCACUUGCACUAACCCCUCGAAUAGGAUAACCGUCUUGCUCUUCUAGAGAGACAUGUAUCAGGCAUGUAAAUUUUGUGUGCCUCAUUACUGAGUUCUUCCAAAGU